AUGACAGAUCCUUCAAUGGUGGAUCACAUGACCCAACUGAAACUCAAGCUCCUAGAAAAGAGACUAGAAAAUGAAUGUGAGAACCUAGAGAGGAUGGAUUCACCUCUACCAACAGCAAGGAACAGAUAUGAGGAUAUGCUUCAAAAUGCCCUAAAACGAAGGCAAGAUCUCCUGCAGGAGCUUAGGGAGCAUCACCUUUUGGAAGAACUGUCACAGCUGCCUGUGCCAGCUGGAGGAUACUCUAGGAACUACAGAGCUGAUCCUCAGCACCUGAUCUACCAGCUGCCUUUUCCAGCUCCCCAAGCGGAGCCACCAAGGAUCAUCCAGCAGACGAUGCCUCCACAGCCCACUACUAUCAUCCAACAGUUACCUCAGCAGCCCCCACUGAUAACACAGAUCCCCCCUGCUCAGCCUUUUGCAGCCCCUCACUCUGGAAGCAUUAAAGAAGAUAUGGUAGAGAUGAUGUUAAUGCAGAAUGCUCAGAUGCACCAGAUCAUCAUGCAGAACAUGAUGCUGAAAGCUCUGCCACCAAUGGCAUUUGCACAGCCUGUUGGACCCAGCUCUCUCUUGCUUCAGCAUGCUCAGCAGGAUUCUGCUCCUGUGGUUGUGAAAGCAGAAAGGCCCCGGCCGUCCACAGUGCACCACCAUCACCAUUAUUCUCCCCUAGGGGUGUUACCCCCUCUGGCAUCUUUCCCCUCUUCAGCUACCUUCCAGCAUGUAUUCUGA